UGGUGAAGCCAUGAGGACCCCGCGUUUCCCAGACGCGAGUUUCCCACUAGGGCUUUAGAGAAGAGCAAUGGCGGAGUCAGUGUGCCGAUCGUUGAGAGAUGGAUCUCUCGAAGGAGAGCACGCCCCCGCCCUCUCCAUCAGCGAUACACUUCAUAGUCCUCUCGGAUCCCAUGUCUUUCAUCACUUCCUCUACUCGCUCGCCUCUAACAUCGCUGCUUCGAAAUCUCAAGCUCGUGCUCUGGUUCUUGUCGCAUAUCGCCGGAGCCCGUCUUUCUACUUCGAUUUGCUUAAGAGUAGUGGCGUUGAUCCCUCUUUGUUUGAUAAAAAGCUGUUGGUUUUGGACUGCCACUCUGACCCUCUGGGUUGGAAGGACCGGCUUCUCAAAUCCGCCAAUAGUGCGCAAAACUCGGCUAAGAGUCUAUCCUCUGUCUUUAAGUCUGUGAAGGAUAUCUCCAAAUUGCUAUCUUUGAUUCUUGAGCUCGGACAAGGACUUGUGGGGCAUGGCAAAGAGAAGUUUGCUGUUGCCAUUGACUCUGUUAGUGAUAUGCUACGACAUGCUUCACUUCAGUCGGUUGCCAGAUUAAUUAGUAACCUUCGAAGUCAUGAUAAUAUUUCAUGUAUCUUUUGGUUGAUACAUUCCGACCUUCAUGAACCCAGGGUCUCUUCAUCUCUUGAAUAUAUAUCCACUAUGACUGCUAAUUUAGAGCCAAUAAUGAAACCAAAUGAGGGACAAAGAAGAGUUUCAGAAAACCUGUACAAUAUUGAGCAAAAUUCCUACAGAGGGAAGUUGCAUGUUCAUUUGAAGCGUCGAAAUGGAAGAGUAAAAUUGCAUUCUGAGGAGGUUCAUGUAGAACAAGUUGGCAUAAAAAUUUUGGCGAUGUCUUCUGAAAAUGCAAUUGUUAAUCAAAGCCUUUUACCAAAGGUGCAGUUCAAUCUUCAAUUAUCAGAAAAAGAGCGGGAUGACAGGGCAAAAGUAGUGCUUCCAUUUGAACAUCAGGGAAAUGGUGAAACCAUACAGAUCUAUGAUGGACGCCAAUCCCUUUCCGAGGGACAGAAGGACCCUCAUCUAAAGGGUCCAUCUAUUACAGGGAAAACAAACACAGAUACUAGCACUGGAAAUGGCGAAAUACAUUAUCUUCGCGAUUCAGACGAUGAGCAGCCAGAUUCAGAUGAAGAUCCUGAUGAUGAUUUAGACAUCUAACAAUUUACUGUGUUUCCAGAUAUCAAGAUCACAGAAUGCCCAAUAAAGGCUAUCUAGAAGGCUCCCUUGUAUAACUUAGGCUUUACAAAAUCAGUUCCCAAGGAGUUGCAUUAUAUGCAUUUGAAUUCAUGUGCAUAGGCUUAUUUAAUUGUUUAUGGGUGAUCAUUUUUGUACAAACAUACAGAAUAUGUAGCAUGCACAUCCAUCAGCUUUAACAAGCAAAGAAUAUCAUGUUUAUUUUUCUGAAAAA